AUGGUGGAAAAGGCUUUACAUAUAGAUGUUGACGGACAGAUCAAGGAAAAUAUGGAUAUAUCUCUUGUUUGCACUGUUAACGCACACACUAAGAAGCCACAGUGGUUCCAUAACAACAAUGAAAUCACACAAUCGUCUCGAGUAGUUGCCGUUUCACAAGGUCUGGAGCAUAAACUUAUCAUUCAGUUUGAAGAUGACGGAUUCUACGUAGUAGCAUUUGAUAGAGUUACAUCAUGUACAACAAUGACAGUAAAGGGCGAAGCUGAUCUAUCAGUAAAACUUCAACUGUCGGAAAGGCUUUACACUAACUGGGUAAGAAGUGUUCUUGGUCUUAAGUACCUUAAGCUUGGUCUAGAAGGUAUAGCAGAGAAAGAAGUUAAAUGCCGCCAUACUGAGAUGUUGAAGAUUCUGCCUAAUUUAAACCUACCAUGUACACAAUGUAGUACAGACAGUAUUUAUCCCUUGCACAAUAAGAAACAAUGUUACAGAAAACAAAACAAGAAUAAGUGUCUAUGUUCAGAUUAUCAACAAAAUAGGCGGCCGUGUCCUAAUAGGGGAUACUGCAGUCUGUUUUAUGACCAAAUAGUUUCCGAUCAUCGGUUCGAGCAUCCUGAACUGGAGAACACACAGCUUGAUCGAUGGAGUUACGACCCAUGGAGUGUUGCAACUUGCUAUAUAAAUACCAAAGGCUACAAAGAGAAGGGUUCUUCUAAAGAAAUUGACUGCGCAGGACUGCUGAGUUUGUUCAUAAACAACAAGAGAUAUCUAACAGAUGUCAAUUAUGGUGUUUUUGAUAUGGCGAGAACCACUCGCAAUGAGAUACUGCACAAUGCGAAUUAUGAACUGUCAGACGACCAACUUCAUGAAUAUUUCGAUAACUUCAAAGAUGUACUUGAAGUCAAGAACAAUGCUAAUAAGAUGGUAUUUGCAAAGGAUGAAAGCGUAAAAGAAGCAUUGAAAAAUAUUGACAAGUUAAAACAGCAUCAAAUUAAUAUUGUUACGUUAGAAGAAAUCCAAAACUUGAAAGACCACGCAAUGAAGGAAGCUGCUGAUAUGUUUAAAGAAGCUCAGAAACAAAGAGACCAAGAAGUUCAACACUUGAAUGAAAAAUUGAAAAAGGCGGAAGAGGAACUACAAGUAAUACGACAGCUGAGAUCAGCUUUUGAGAGGGACAGCCGUUUGGAGGAAAAAGAAGAGUUACUUGUACUCGUGUUGCGAUUAGGUAUUCGUGUUGUGACGCCAGUAGGAGAGUCAGCAAGUGAAAUUAUUCAGCGUGUACUUUGGUUUAUACAAUAUGCAGCAAAAAACAACAGAAUCUUGAGAGAGGAUUCUAUCCCACCUAUUUUUCACACCUUCAAGAAAACUUAUAAAUCAGUCCAGCAGAUACUUGGAAAGAUAUUCGUCUCUCAGGAUACUCCAGUCGAAGUGAUGCAAGACCAGUCAGAUGUGUCCUUCAAAAUAAACUGCAUUUCCUCAAAAGACUUGGAAACACGUCUUACCAUAUACCAUGGAGUUGAUUUCCAGGAAGCCAUAGCAGAUUUACAAAAGAGUUUAGAGACUGAAGACGAGCGGAAAAGGAAAUAUGAUGUUGACACAUGUUGUUCCUCUCAAAAUUUGAAAAAUAUCACAAAACAGCUAUUUGACCAUGGUGUAAUGAAUGGUUCAUGUACUGACUUUAGAUGUGAGAGGCAUGACGGUACACAGUGUUCAUGGUAUUGCGGAGAACAUGAAAAGUUUUUUUGCAAGUCGUGUAAGGAAACCAACCAUAGGUCGUGCUUUGGACUUAAUAAACUCGGGGAAGGAGAAGGCCAAGGAAAACUAGAAUUGAAACUUAAAUCAUUUAUAACUCCACGUCCAGGAUUUCAAAUUUCCUGUAUCUGCACGCUGCCGAAUGAUGAUGUUCUCAUUGGUAGCAGGUAUUCCGCAGAUCUUAUGAAACUUGGCAGUUCGUACGAUCUAAUUAGUCGCUGUGUUCUUCCCUCCACUCCAUCCAGCGUGUGUUAUAUAGGCAACGGUAGAGCUGCUGCGGUUUGUGGAAACAAACUUGUGUUUCUAGAUGUUACAUCUAAUAAUGUAUUGUAUGAGACGUUACUUCCCAUCUUUGAAAUGAAGAGCAUAGCUUGUCAUGGUGAUAUGAUUUAUAUAUGUGAUAGAGAGUCUCUGUAUACCUGUAACACAAAUGGUACAAAUCUACGCAAUGUCUACUCUGUGAAAGAGAAAACGUCUAUCUUAAAGACAAAGAAGCAGAUUAUUAAUCUUGGAAGCCAUUUUGAAAGCAUUGCAGUAAGUGAUAAUGGAGAGACUAUUUACAUAAUAGAUCAAUCCAAACUGCAUAUAAUUCAUAGUAAUGGUGAUCUUCUGUCUAAUAAGGAAAUCGUACAAGGUCCCGUCGGUAUCUGUUGUCUUGGAAAUGAUUUAAUUGUUUGUUGUAACCGGCCUCGUGUUUUGAAACAACUUGAUUUCAAAGGCGACGAUGUUAAAAUGCAUAAACUCAACGACAUUUUUUCUAUAGUGUCCUUGCCGUCAUUGUGUUAUGAUAGAAAACGCUCUAAUCUUAUUGUUGGUUGCGAAGAGGGGGAUAUCCUUGUGUUUGACAUAAAGUACACAUUGUAAGGCUGAAUACGAUUCAGGAACUUAUUAACUAUACAGAAUAGUUAUGUAACCAAUCGAAUAUUGCUCUGCAUGGUA